AUGUUAAUAAGCCAAAAUUUAGCCUUAGAUUGCAAGCAAGAGAAAUCAAGGUCAAGAUCUGGAAGCAAGAAGAAAAUGCUAACAUUACCUCAUGGUGCUGACGAGGUAUACAUCCUUCGAUGCAGGUUUUGUGGCCUAGCCUUUCCGGGUCCACUGUCUGUUCAGGAAGACUGGAUUAAGCACUUGCAACGACACACUGUACAUGCGAAUCUUCCACGGACUGGAGCUGGCAUGGUGGAAGUCACCUCACUACUUAAAAAACCAGCCUCUAUCACAGAAACUUCUUUUUCUUUGCUAAUGGCAGAAGCAGCGUCAUAG